UAUACAUAUAGUAUAUUUCAUGGUAUAAUUUCUAUUUUUGUUCUUGAUUUAUAAAGAUUUUUUAAAAAUGACCAAACCAGUUUUGUACUACACACCCCGCAGUCCACCCUGCCGUGCAGUUUUGUUAACCGCUGCUGCUUUGGGAGUUGAUUUGGACUUGAGACCCAUGAAUUUGAAAGAAGGUGAUCAUUUGACACCUGAAUUUCUCAAACUAAACCCUUUGCACACCAUUCCUGUGCUGGAUGAUAACGGUGUUGUUAUCACCGACUCUCAUGUCAUUUGCUCAUACUUGGCUGAUAAGUAUGCUGUCGAUGAAACUCUCUAUCCCAAAGAUAAACUGGAGCGCAUGAAAGUUGAUGCCCGUCUCUUUUUCGAUUGUGGUCAUCUUUUCCCCCGUGCCCGCAUCAUGAUUGAACCAGUUAUUUACUUUGGCUGCGAUACUAUUGCUGAAGAAAAAGUUGUGUACAUGCAAAAGGCCUAUGAUGGCCUAGAGAAAUGUCUGGCCUCCUCGAAAUAUUUGUGCGGUGAUGAUCUUACUAUUGCCGAUUUGUGCUGUGUAGCUUCGGUCUCUACCGCCAUGCUAUUUGCUCCCAUCGAUGAGGAGAAAUUCGCUAAUGUGAAAGCCUGGGUUGAACGUCUAUCCGAAUUGCCCUACUACAAGAAGAAUAAUCAAGAGGGUGCCGAUAUUUUGUUCAAGUUUGUCCAGGAGAAAAUGGAAGAAAACAAGAAAGCUAAAAGCGCUUGAUCAAAUUAAAAUAUUAACAUAAAAUCAUAUGAAAUAUUAAUGUAUGUACUGUGUGCAAAGUGUGUGAAAAAUUUAUUUCAAAUAAAUUUAUAGCAAAAUGUUUAAAUAGAAAACAA